AUGUGCGGGAUCUGCGGAGGGGACAACAGCACGUGCCAGGUGAUCGCGGGGCACUUCAACGAGGCCCAGUACGGCUACAACCACGUGGUGCUGCUGCCGGCUGGGGCGUCCCACGUCGACAUCCGCCAGCAUGGCUACAAGGGGUCGAACAAGGAUGACACCUAUCUUGCGCUGGUGGCGGGUGGGACGAGGGAGUACCUGUUGAACGGUCACUUCGUGGUGAGCAUGUUCCAGAAGACCCUCCAAUACGCGGGGGCUACCAUCGACUAUACGGGGUCGGAGGCGGUCGUGGAGCGUCUCAAUUCGUCGGCCAAGCCGCUGCAGCAGGAUCUCAUCGUCGAGGUGUUGUCGGUGGGAAACCUGAAUCCGCCGGAUGUGCAUUAUAAGUAUACCAUCUCCGUGUCUGAUUACACCAAGUUUCGCUGGACGUAUCGGGGCUGGUCGGACUGCGACCGCAUCUGUCGGGGGGAAAGGGUGCGGAAGGAGGCGUGCGUCCGGAUGCCGGAUGGAAAGCCGGUCUCUGACAGAAAGUGCAAGGGGGAGCCUCUGCCCGAGUCCAUUAAAGAAUCCUGCAACACACAUUGCAGUCUCAGCUGGCACAUCACCCACCGUUCAGAGUGCAGCGCCCGGUGUGGGCCCGGAUUCCGGUCCCUCACCCUGCAGUGCGUCCAGAGCUUCCCGGACUUCAGGGACGUCCCCGUGAGCGAGAAGCACUGCAGUCACCUGCGCGAGAAGCCUCAAAGCAUGGAGUCGUGCGAGGGUCCCUGCGAGAACGUCCACUGGAACUAUGGAGAGUGGAAGGGGAUCCAGUGUUCCCAGAGCUGCAACGGAGGCAUCCAGACCCGGUCGGCGAAGUGCGUGGACGAGCUGGGCCGGGAGGUCGAGGAGUCCCAGUGCAACGCGACGGAGCGGGUCACGUCCAGGCUCUGUGGGAUCGGGGACUGUCCGCGCUGGGAAGUUGGGGACUGGACCCCUUGCGGCUUGCAUCGCGGGGUGUGCGAAAGGCAGAGGCCUUACUGGUGUCAGGCAGAGGGCAGGGCGGUGGCGGGGUUCUAUUGCAACCAGACGCUGGUCCCCAGGCACCGGCAGGCGUGCCCCCUCGGCGACUGCGCCCAAUGGGAUGCCGGGGCUUGGUCCCCUUGUAGCGCGACCUGCGGGAUGGGCAUCCAGACCCGAGCCGUCCAGUGUCAGAGCAAGCGAGGGAAAGGGACGCUCCUCGAGGAGUCCAGUUGCGACCCGGGUCUGAGACCGCCCGAGUCUCAGUCCUGCCACUUCCCGCCGUGCACCACAACUACCACUACCACUACCACUACCACGACCACGACCACUACCACGACCUCCACCACUCCUCGACCAUCUGCGGUGUCGUUUCCACUUCUUGGAGAAGUGAAGGAAAGAAGGAACGAGAAGCAAAUGACAUCGAUUCGUCCUGACGUCCUUCAAAGUCCGGACUUCAGCAACGAGAUCCAGGUUGACGGAUCUCAGCAGCCUCAUCAGGUGGACCAUGCCGAUAGCCUCGUCAAGGCCACGUGGCUUGCGUCUCCCUGGGGACCUUGUUCGGUAACUUGCGGGAAAGGAGUGAGAAAUCGAACAGUGGGGUGCUACACGCUGGCGGGUAAGAGAGUGGAGUCGACCUAUUGUUACCAUUCGGAUCCACCAAAGUCGGUCGCGAUGUGCGACCAGCCUCCAUGCGCCCACUGGCAAGUCGGGAACUGGUCCGAAUGCUCCGUCACGUGCGGACAGGGGUACCAGGUGCGUCAGGUCGUGUGCAUGAGGCUGACGGGGGGAGAGGAGUUGGAUCCGGAGGAGUGUCUGUUCGAUCGGAGGCCGGAGAGCGAGAGGUCGUGCCGGAAGCCUUCCUGUUCCUAUCCGCGGCAGCAGAUGAUCACCAUCGAGCACCAGCUGAAGCUCGGGCAGCAGCAUCAAUGGGUCACGGGAGCCUGGGGCAAGUGUUCGCGGACGUGCGACGGCGGGUUCAUGCGUCGGACCGUGGUGUGUCAAGACAGCACGGGUCACCUCAGCGAUCUGUGCAACAUGACCAAGCGACCCAGAGACACGUUGUCCUGCAACACGGAUCGGUGCCCCACGUGGAGCUCGAGCGAUUGGGACCCCUGCAAUCGGACGUGCGGGGGAGGAUACCAGACCAGAGAAGUGAGAUGCAUUAAUCACUUGGACGAGAAGCUCCCCGAAAAUCUUUGCAGCAUCCAGGAUCGUCCCAAGGACUCCCGAGAGUGCAACGGGCAUCGAUGCUCGCACAGGGAAUACAAAUGGAACAAGGGUUCCUGGGGUCCUUGCAGUCGGGGCUGUGACGGAGGGGUGAAGACCCGGCAGGUGGUGUGCGUGGAGGCCGAAGACCACUCGAUGGUGGUUGUCGAUGAUCUCUGCGAUCCUUCCCAGAAACCUCGCACGUCUCGGGGUUGCAGGAGGAAACCUUGUCCUUAUUCCUGGAGGACCACCGAUUGGUCACCGUGUUCCCAGACGUGUGGGGAGGGAGGAAUCCAGAUCCGGAAGGUGAGUUGCCACCGGGUGAAUGCCCAGGGCUGGGUGGAUCCCGACCCGGUCACCUUUGGGUGCAAUGCCACCUAUAAACCCAGGGAGAUCCAGAGCUGUAACCUCGGAGACUGCAUCCUUCCUUACCACUGGGAUGUUCAACCAUGGAAAAAGUGUUCAGAAAAAUGCGGGAAGCGAGGGAAGCAGGGGAGAAGAGUGAAAUGUCGAGAUAGGAGCGGGAACAUAAAGCCAACCAUCUUCUGUCAGCUUUCACUCCGCCCCACUCGCAAGAGGCCCUGCAACAGACGUCCCUGCGGAUACUACAGUUGCCUGGAAGCGAAGAUCGGGAUGAAUGCCAAGGAAGAUGCAGAGUAUCCCAUCAUCGUGGGCCAUCGAAACAUCUCCAUAUACUGCAAGGACAUGAAUACCUCCAUUCCCCAAGAGUACCUCACCCUCCCGAUGGGCGAGAGCGAAAACUUCGCCGAGAUCUACAACAAGCGGUUGAACAAGCCGCACACGUGUCCGCACAAUGGGUUCAGACGGGACGAUUGCGACUGCGUCCAGGAUGCCAGGAGGAGGGCAGGUGUCACGGUCUUCACGCGCAUUCGACUCAACGUCACCUCUCUCCGGGUCAACACGCACGACUUCACGUUCUCGCGGCAGAUUCACGGACAACGGAUCCCCCUGGGGGAGGCCGGGGACUGUUACAGCGCGGCGAAUUGUCCGCAGGGGAGGUUCAGCAUCAACCUGACUGGGACGGGGCUCCGGGUUGCAGCCUUCACUUCCUGGGUCGGACGGGGGUCUCGAGCCUCCCACUGGAUCAAGCGGCUCGAGGACCACCAGAAGAUCGAGGGUCAGUGCGGGGGUUACUGCGGAACGUGCAGCCCGGACCUUCAAACGGGACUCAAACUGGACGUCAUGCCACCUUGACCUAGUGCACCUCCUUAGCCCAAGUUCAAUCUCGCUCUCCCUUUCCCAUUCGUUCGGGCAGGAGCAGCCUGUCUCUCAACUCCAUUGAUCUCUGACGUUCGUCUCCUCCCACAAAUGGUACAAGUACGUCGAAGGACCACGAGGAUCGCGACGACGACGACGACGGUGACGACGAGAGGGAGCAGUGAACGCGAGACCCUCCGCGUGUGUCCGACGAGACAGACUUGUUUUUCGCCGAUUCCCAAACCAUGAUCUGAGUCUCUCUCUCUCUCUCUCCAGAGCACAUAGGGGGGAAAUUCUAGUCAAAAAUUUCUUUGCUCCUUCUGUUCCGGCGAGAGCCACGUGUACCGUGUUUGCGUGCGUAUGAAUGCGUCCGUGUUCGAAGGAAGAGAGCGAAAACGAGUGAGAGUGAACCGAAGAAGAGCACGACGAGACGACCUCGAGAAUGACCUUUCAUCACCGCUGCCAUUGUGAUUGCGGGCAUCCAACGAGUCUUUUUCGUCGUCGUGGAUCUUUUCGUUCCCCCGUAUCUCGUGCGGGAAGUUCGGGUCUGGAUUCUCUCUCUCUCUCUCUACCCCCUUCCGCACGCGAAACAAUCUCACAGUUCGGAAUCUCACGAUUAAUAAAUAAGAAUAAUAAUAAAAUAACAAAAACGACAACAGAAGAAAAGAAAAUCCAUGACAGAUGCUUCGUCGACCGGACGAGGUCGAGGACGCACGAACGAGACGAGUCGUUGCAGUGCCAGUGUGUUGUGAUAUUCCACUUUAUAUAUAUAUAUAUGCAUAUACUUGUUGGGAAGAAAGAAUUGAAGGAUGUUUUAAACCAUCCAGAUUUUCCCAUUCGAGUCUCGAGGAGAAAAAGCACCGACGGUGCUUCAUCGACGGUGAAACGCGUGUUUUUUACUCCCUCGACUUCAAUGGGAAAGUCUACAUUGCAGUAAAUUUUUUUUUUUUUUUGCAAAAGAUUGUAUAAACAAAAGAAUCUCUCGUGUCCUCUUCUUCUGCACCGAAAAAUUCCCUCGAAAUUCACUUGGUGUGAGCAGAUCCGAAACAACCGCGAACGUACUACGAGAUGGAUUUCUUCCUCGGGACCAAGGAAUCCAUUGUCAUCUCCCAGAGACCAAUUUUGUUUUUGUGCGUCUCUCUUUUGGAGAAGCCGAUUCACUGCCGUCUCAUUCCGCACCGUCGCGACGAAAAGAAUCCGUUCGGGAAACUCUUUCCGUAAAGGCAGCAUGUCUGAUUUUUUUUUGUUGCAAAUCUUCCCCCUUCCUGUCCUCCCCAUGUGUUAGCGAUCUGUGUUCAGGAGCAAUAAAUGAAUCGAGAUG